GGCUAGUGGAGGGAUGAAUGGGGCGAAUGAUGCAAAGGCCGCUCGGUUGAGGGGCAGUCAGCUCCGCCCUGAAGGCGGCCAACCAAGGGAGGUUAGGACCUGCUUUAGGGGCCGGGCCUGGGGCGCACGCCCUAGGAGGCUCCUCCCCUCAACGACUGAAGCAAAGACCCGCAGGCCGGCUCUUCAGGGAGCAGGUUCCCAGCCUACACGGGGCCCCUGGGGUUCUCGCCCCUAGCUGGGGCGUCCGGGACCCUUGACCCCCGCUGAGUUGGGCGGUGACGGCGCAUCCGGGAAACUGCGCAUGUGCGCACAAGGAGGCGGUGGCCUGCGGCGGGAAGAAAGCCCUGCCCGGCGACGCGGAACUCGGGUACACAGAACAGUGAUUAUCAUACGACUAGCAAGAAAGGCAAAGAAAAUGCCUUUUAUUUUAGAUUGGGCACCUAAACAGAAACUGCAAUUUUAGUAUGAAGAAGGGAAGGGGAAGAACAAGCCGGAUCAGAAGACGAAAACUCUUCAGAAGUUCUCAAUCAAGAGGAGUGAAUGAGAGCUAUAAGCCUGAAUUUAUAGAGCUUAAUAAGUGGCUGAAAGAUAGGAAGUUUGAAGAUACAAACUUAACCCCUGCUCGUUUUCCAGGUACAGGAAGAGGGCUGAUGAGCAGAACAUCCCUGCGGGAGGGACAGAUGAUUAUCUCAUUGCCUGAGAGUUGCCUGCUCACCACGGACACAGUGAUUAGAAGCUACUUAGGGGAGUACAUUGUUAAGUGGCAGCCUCCUCCAUCUCCUGUGCUGGCUCUGUGCACCUUUUUAGUUUCAGAAAAGCAUGCUGGGGACCGGUCUCUUUGGAAACCAUACCUGGAGAUUUUACCGAAGGCCUACACCUGCCCUGUUUGUUUGGAGCCAGAAGUGGUGAAUCUUCUUCCCAAACCUUUGAAAGCCAAAGCGGAAGAGCAGAGAAUCCACAUGCAGGAGUUCUUUACUUCCUCCAGAGAUUUCUUCUCUUCCCUGCAGCCUUUGUUUUCUGAGACUGUUGAGAGUAUCUUUAGCUACAGUGCCCUCGUGUGGGCUUGGUGCACGCUCAACACCAGAGCUGUGUACGUGAAGCACACGCAGAGGCAGUGCUUUUCUGCAGAGCCAAACACCUAUGCGCUUGCCCCGUAUCUGGAUCUGCUGAAUCACAGCCCAGACGUGCAGGUAAAAGCAGCAUUUAAUGAGGAAACUCAUUGUUAUGAAAUCAGAACUGCUUCAAGUUGUAGAAAACAUGAAGAGGUUUUCAUCUGCUAUGGCCCUCAUGAUAACCAGCGUCUGCUUCUGGAAUAUGGAUUUGUUUCCAUCCACAAUCCACAUGCUUGUGUUUAUGUCUCAAAAGAUAUACUUGUUAAAUAUCUUCCAUCAACAGAUAAACAGGUGAACAAAAAGAUUUCCAUUUUAAAGGACCAUGACUUUAUAGAGAAUUUGACAUUUGGAUGGGAUGGACCAUCUUGGAGGUUACUCACAGCUCUGAAGUUGUUAUGUCUGGAAGCUGAAGAAUUUACAUGCUGGAAAAAAGUGCUUCUUGGGGAAAUAAUUUCAGAUAAAAAUGAGAAGACAGGUUUGGACAUAGCCCAGAAAAUAUGCUAUUAUUUCAUAGAGGAAACUAAAGCUAUGCUUCAAAAGGUUUCUCAUAUGAAAGAUAAACAAGUGGCUUUGAUAAAACAACUAACUUUGGUAGAAGCAUUGUGGACAGAAGAACUGAAUAUUCUCCAGGCUUCUGCUGAGAUUCUAAACAACUUACAAACACCUUCUACAUAAUUUCACUCAAGUGCAUUUGAUCACCUCUUAUGGUGGGUGUGGUUUCUUAAACAUUUAAAAAUAUUUUAAACAUUUUAAAACGUUAAUUUUAUAUAGACUGAUGUAAAGUGAAUGGUUUCUAUUAAACAAUUAUAUACUUA